AUGGAGUGCACAUUCGCAUCAUAUUCCACCAAGGCUACCACAAUGUCUUCUUUCACCAAAGACGAUCUUUGCAUCUACAAGCUCCCUGAAAAUGUCGCAUCUUCUCUAGAAGUGGUCAAUGGGCCUGUGGCUCCCAUCAAUGUCGUCUCCGAACCUCUGGCCCAAUCUCUUCCGACACAAGUGAAAAGUCUAAGCGGGUGUAAUACGUGCGGCUUGACAUUUGCUCCGGAGGCAGACCAGAACGAGCGGUUGGCCCAUUUCAAGUCCGAUUUCCACCGCUUGAAUGUGAAGCUUCUUGCGCAGGGCCAGAAGCCGUUGACAGAGGCGGAUUUCGACCAUCUUGUGGAAACUCAGUCAGUGGAGAGCAUUUCUGGAUCUGAAGACUCCGAGUCCGAAAACGAUCCAGAAGAACCGAAGGAAUUGCAGGCGUUGCCGACGGUGUUUGAGAAAUUGGCCACAACGGAGGACGAGCAUGAACAAAAUAGCUACAUCAAUAAUCACUCGCCGUUUGUCUUGUUGAAGUCGCUGCUUCUCGAGAACGAAAAGGCGUUUGGUGUAUACAAGACGCUAUUCUCCGAGGAGACUCUACAGAAGGGCACGAUCCUAGAAGACUUACAGAGGUUGCGGCUGGAGCCAGCUAAACUGGGGAUAUCUGUAUUGCUUAUGAUCGGAGGAGGGCAUUUCGCUGGUGCCGUCAUUUCCCAUAGUCCGAAAAACAUCAAGGGUAACGCCAAAAAUGCCCGUGAAUCAAGGCAAGAGCAGAUGGUCCACGUGAUUCAGUCCAAAACCUUCCACAGAUACACAACAAGACGCAAGCAAGGUGGAUCGCAAAGUGCAUCGGACAAUGCCCGAGGCAAAGCCAAUUCUGCCGGUUCCAGUAUCCGGCGGUACAAUGAACAAGCUUUGCAAAAAGAAGUGAGGGAGCUUUUGGCCUCCUGGAAAGAAUAUGUGGACAAGGCAGAGCACAUUUUCAUCCGGGCCAAUGGUGCAGCAAACAGAAAGAUAUUGGUGGGUUACGAAGGAGCUGUGGUGCAUAAUAAUGACAAGAGAAUCAAAACGUUCCCAUUCACCACGAAAAGAGCCACCUUGUCCGAAGUGAAGAAGGCAUGGGCUCGUCUAUCGUACUUGGCAGUGGUAGACAUUCCAGCAGAGAAGAAGGUGGAAAAGAAAAAAGUGGUUGAGAAAUCGCCGUCGAAAACACCGGAACCUGAAAAGAAGUCGCCGUCUGAUGUACACACAGAAGAGAUUGUCACGCUCAUCAAGAAAUCCAAAGUGCCGCUUUUGGUGAACUACCUCAAAAAGAACUCGCUAGAUGCCAACUUCAAAUUGACACCCGAAAUGAAGUACGCCAAUACGCCAACGCCAUUGCAUUUCGCUGCAUCUCAAGGCUUGCACCAUAUGGUGAAGGCCUUGUUGGUGAAUCUCAAGGCAGACCCAACGCACCAAAACCUGUUUGGAAAAACCGCAGCCCAAGUAUCCUCUACGGCUACAGUCAAGAGCACUUUCCAGAUUGCUCGAAGCACUCUAGGUGAAGACUACUGCGAUUGGAACUUGGCCAAAGUGGGGCCUGCGAAAACAAGCAGUGAAGUUGCAGAGGAGGAAGAAGCAGAAAAGGCACAGCGGCAAAAGGAAUCCAGGAAGUUGAUUGAGGAAGAGUUGGCCAAAAAGACAGAGCUUGAAAUGAAGAAACCUACCUACUCCUCGAAUGGUACUGUAGGAGGUGGUAAAAUGCCACCCAUCUCUUCCACUAGUGGUCUAAGUGAUGCACAGAAAAUGAGAUUGAUGAGAGAGCAAAGGGCCCGUGCGGCAGAGGCAAGAAUGAAGGGAGGAAACUAA